AUGCAAUUCUCCACCGUCGCCCUUUUCGCUGCUGCUGCUGUCGCCUCCGUCGUCACUGAGACCGACGUUGCCUCCACUUUGGUUACCAUCACCUCUUGUGGCCCAGAGGUGACUAACUGCCCAGCUCACCUUUCCUCUGUUGCUGCUUCUUCUUCUGCUGCUGCUAACACCACCGUUGCUAACGUCUCCACUUGGGAGGGUGCUGCUAACAAGCAGUUCGCUGCUGGUGCCGUUGCUUUGGCUGCUGGUGCUUUGUUGGCUUUGUAA